CCUACCUCGCUCAGUUUCUUACUAGCUCCUCUCCUCCAGGGCCAGAUCACAGACCUGAACAACUGACAGCCACUCACAGUGGCACCAGGAGCCCAGACACACAGAGGCGAACAGAAGGCACCCAGGAACUUCCUGCAGCCAUGCUGGCUCUCAGACUGCUCUUUUUGGGCCUGCUCACGGCAGUGCCACCUGCCAGCUGCCAACAAGGAAUAGGAAACUUGCAGCCCUGGAUGCAGGGUCUCAUCGCCGUGGCCGUGUUCCUGGUCCUGGUAGCAAUUGCCUUCGCUGUCAAUCGCUUCUGGUGUCAGGAGGAGCCGGAGCCCACGAACACUGUCAUGUUGGUUGGAAAGAAGGAAGACGGGAUGCUGGCGGGGACAGAUGGAAGAUACUCCUCCAUUGCAGCUGGCUUCAGGUCCAGUGAGCAUGAGCACGCUUAUGAGAACAUCUCCCCGGAGGAGGACAAGGUCCGGAGCACCCCCAUGUGAUCCCUGCCCUGAGGCUCCCGAGCAUGAGUGAUCAACCGGCCACCGCCGCCGCCUUCUGUGUGCAGAAAUCUACCGUCCAGGGCCAUCGCCCUCUGACCCCCACGCCGGCCCUGCCCUCCCUGAACUAGAGCAGCCUGCCUUGGGGCGCGGAUUGUGUCCAGGUUGGGGCUUGAUUGUGGCCCUGCAGUCUCCCAGGGGGACUCCCACGAGAUUCAGAAGCACUCUUUGUAAAGAACAGUCAGUCCUGCCAUCCUGUCUCCCAUUUCCUCCCCACAACUCUGGAAAUGGCCUUUAUUUCUGUGAAAUAAAGACUUAUAUACUUCUGGGGCGGAGGAUCCCAGGGCUAAGAAA